AUGCCAAGCUCAGAUCCUAACGAAACCGAGCGCAUGACCAAGCGUCAGCGUUUGCAAGACCGCAAUGUCGUCGCUAUCAAACCAUUAGUUCCACCCGCCUGCGUUCUGGAGGAAUUUCCUGUUACCCCCGCGGUGCACGAGCUCGUGGACACCACGCGUGACGCAGUGUCUCGGAUUUUGCACGGUCAUGACGAUCGCCUCGUUGUGAUUGUGGGUCCUUGCUCCAUCCACGAUGUCGAUGCGGCUAUCGAUUAUGCAAAGCGUCUUAAAAUCUUGGCUGAUGAGUUGAGUGGUGAAUUGUUGGUAGUCAUGCGCACUUACUUUGAAAAGCCUCGCACGACUGUGGGCUGGAAGGGUUUGAUAAAUGACCCGGACCUUGAUCAGUCCUUUAAUAUCAACAAGGGCAUUCGGGUGGCUCGUAAGCUCUUGUUAGACAUAAAUACGUUGGGUCUUCCUGUCGGUUUGGAGUUUCUCGACACGAUCUCGCCCCAAUUCACCUCGGACCUCAUUUCGUGGGGAGCAAUUGGAGCACGUACUACCGAGUCACAGCUGCAUCGUGAACUUUCCAGUGGAUUAUCGAUGCCGGUAGGAUUUAAAAAUGGUACAAGCGGGGACGCAAAAGUUGCGGUGGAUGCGACAGUUGCUUCAUCGCAGCCCCAUAACUUUUUGGGGCUUAAUGAGCAUGGUCUCGCGUCCAUUGUGCGCACGAAGGGCAACAAAGAUUGCCACAUAAUUCUACGCGGUGGUUCUGAUGGACCUAAUUAUGAGCACAAAUAUAUUGUCGAGACUGCCUCGAUGCUCAAGAAAGCCAAACAGCCUUCAAAGGUCAUGGUGGAUUGUUCGCACGGAAACUCUCGAAAAUUACAUUCGAAUCAGCUCAAGGUCGUCAAUUAUCUGGCAGAUAUCGUGGCGGAAGGUGACAUGAAUGUUUUGGGUGUGAUGAUAGAAUCUAAUAUCGUCGAAGGUAACCAGUCGCUUGGUGACGACCCGUCCAAGCUCGUCUAUGGUCAAAGUAUUACGGACGCGUGUAUCAACUGGGAUGACACAGUCAUGGCCUUGAAGAAGCUUGCGAAUGCUGUCGCUGAGCGACGCAAACGUGAUGCUGCCAACUAG